AAGGAUCAACGAUACGACGACAUGAUGCCGCGCUGCAUAGUGGACUUCUUGAACUUGACAGCGAUGGAAAAAGAGAUGCGAAGCGACAAUGACACUACUCUUGUUGGUAUGGAUACGCCGUAUUGCGGUGCAGACAGAAGUUAUGCUCCGAAACAGUGCAAGGAUGACAGGUGUUACUGCGUUCGACCGGAUGGGAGACCCUACGACAAUCAAGACACCGUUCCCCGGUAUUCACUGGAAGAGCAAGAGAUGACUUGCAAUUGCUUGCGUGAAAAGGAGUUGUUGAGCAACGCGGAAGUUCCGAUGACCAUGCUGAUAAGGACGUUCCUGCGACAUCGAUGCGCCCGCAACGGGAACUACCUCCCACUCCAAUGCACCACGUACUCGUCCUGUCGAUGCGUCGACAAGGACGGCUUCCAAAACUCUCCGGACGUCAUGGUGUCCGAGCGACACAGUUUGCCCUGCUACAAGAGAGAGUACGACCGGUACUUUCGCGAGGAAAUCGAAGAAUUCGAGUGACGGUGUUUCACGUUGUCGAUUCUCUGUCGAUUAAUAAAGGUCUAUCAAAGUGUA